AUGAAUGGAUUAUUUUCAAGAUUCUGGUGGAGGAAGCAGCACAUGGAGGGGGGUAUCCAAUGGAAGAAAUGGGAAUCUUUGGGGUUGCAAAAAGGGAAGGGAGGCUUGGGAUUCAGGGAUUUGGAAAGUUUUAACUUAGCUCUCUUAGCAAAGCAAGGGUGGAGGCUAAUCAAAUAUCCUGAUUCUCUAGCAGCAGUGGUUUUUAAGGAAAAGUAUUUCGGGCAUUCAAGUUUUUUGGAGGCAAGGCUUGGCAGACAACCCUCUUUUCUGUGGAGAAGCAUCUGGUCAGCAAGAGAUUUGCUUCUUGAGGGAUUGAGAUGGAGAGUGGGGGAUGGUAGUAAGAUUCAAAUAUGGGGCUCUAAAUGGAUGCCAACACCUACAUCCUUUUCAGUCCAGUCACCAGUGUCUAUGCUAAGGGAAGAUGCAAAGGUGGAAGAGUUGAUUGACAAAUAG